AUGACUACAAGCAGUGUGCUUCCUCCUUUAUCGCUCAAAAGGAUACGCUCCCAUAAUACUUUCAGGACAGCUUCUGAUCAACACCGACAACAUCCUUCUUCCUCCACCAACGAAUCACCCAGCAGGCUUUCAAAGUUCAAAUCGAGCUUAUCUAUUAUCACAAAGUUUAAACGCCCAUUCACUUCGCAUUCACCACCAUCGCCACCGCUUACCCCACCUCAACACGAUGCUCAACAACCACAACCACAGCAACGAACCAAAUGGCGACAUCGUUGGUCACAGCAUUUCGAUAAGCGAAGACUAUCCAGCAUAUUGAGCUAUGGUCUCUUUGAAAGUGAAAAACAACAUGACAAGUAUCCAUUUGCCAAUGAUAUCUUUUACGAGCAUGAACGAUACAGACGAGCUAGUCGAUCCCAUUCAAGGCUUGAUCUCAAGACAUCUACAGUAAUAGCAACAUCUGACAGCAGUAAUGAUGAUCGACACGUACGGCAAAAUGCUCAAACGAUGCCUCCUACACCAUCGCCACUUCCUUCACCCAUGAUGGAUGAUGACGAUGAUAUGGGAUUGCCAUGGCAACAAAGAGACAACCAUUCAUCCAACAAAGCACCACCUGCAAGCAUCCUUGUGAAACGUGGGGAUGAUUCGGUGUUAUCCAAUAUGAGCACUACCGCUGCCGCCACUACUAAGACGACAAAAACGAGAAAUCGUGCACGAUCCAAAUCAUCAUCAUCCACCCAUUCCAGACGUGGUCAUCAUCACAUACGACAAAAGUCGUCGUCAAACAUCACUGUUAAUUCCGAGGACUUGACAGCUAAAGAAUUUGCAGAUAUUGCUGGUAUUCGCAUCCUGGAUGAUGCAAGUUUAUCAUGCUGUGAUAACGACGCGAUUAUGCAUACAAGUUCCACAUCAACACGGUCGAGUUUGCAAGGACGAGAUUAUUCUCACCAUCGAUCCAUGCGAAGUGCAGCUUCUUGUUCUUUGUUACGACCCACUCCACAUAUUUGGGAUGCUGAAUUUUGGAGCAAUCCUGAUGCAUCUUCCUCAAAAUCAACAACAACCAACAACAACAAUCAUCAUCAUCAUGAUGGCAACAGUAUCAAACAGCAGCAGCAAGAAUGGGGUCGUCGACGAUCCACAUCCAACGACUCUUCGCGUUCACGCUCAGCCAUCAAUAAUUGCGUGAUCAAAAAGGGGCGCUUUGAAAUCUGCCUGGAAACGGCUGAGAGCACCGAAGCCUUGGUUGGCAGCAGCAGUAACGCAUCGUCAGUCGGUUGUGAUGAGCAAUGUAUCCCCAAGAUUGUCACUACUGACAUGGAUCAGCAGUAA